CCUGCAUUAGCUAGGAUGCCAUUGUAUUAGCAGAAGCCAGAUCUUAGAAAAUCAGCCCGAUCCCCCUGUGCGGUCGUGGGGACCAGUGAUUCAGCUGAGACUGUCGAGGUGGAGCUUGGCGGGAGGCACCAGGUCCGGCUCGAGGCUCCUUGCGGAGGUGCCAAGCUCUCCUGAUGAAAUGUGUUCUGCCCCACUGGGCUCCACAGGCAGUGUCUGGUGCUGUUGAUGCCCUUGCUGGAACUUUCCAGAAUGGAUAGCCCCCCUAAGCUGACUGGAGAGACCCUCAUCGUCCACCAUAUCCCCUUAGUACACUGUCAGGUCCCAGACAGGCAGUGCUGUGGGGGGGCGAGCGGAGGAGGUGGCAGCGCGAGACCCAACCCCUUCUGCCCGCCCGAGCUGGGCCUCACGCAGUCGGGCCAAGACCUGGGACAAGCCGACUCCCUGCUGUACAGCAGUCUGCACUCCGCUCCAGGGGCGUCGACGCGGUCCUCGGACGGAAUCAAGAGUAGGAGUCGGGACGGCAGAGGCCCUGGAGCCCCCAAACGGCACAAUCCCUUCUUGGUGCACGAAAGUGUGGGUGAGACAGGACUUGGUGACCUGUAUGAGGACGGCACGGGGGACAGUGCCACCCAGCAGUCCUUCCACCUGCACACCGCCAGCCAGCCCACCUUCCAUCUGUCUUCUUUCCAGCUGCCACCGUCUGGCCCUGGCCUGGGCAGGCCAUGGGGCGCCACGCGCAGUCGGCCCAGCGUGGUGGAGGGCCAGGAACAGGAGCCGGCAGCAGCCUUGGGUAGCCAGCAGGGCAGCGCUAGCCACGGCUGCCGGCCAGAGCUGGACGCUGAGACCAUGGAUCUGGACGAGUGUGGGGGGCCUGGGGGCAGCGGAGGGGGGGCCAGCGACGCCUCCGCCUUCUCCUUUGACCAAGAGUGGAAGCUCAGCUCGGAUGAGUCCCCAAGGAAGCCCGGGCGCUCGGGCUCGGGCGCUCGGCACUGCCACUGCAGCAGCGCGUCCAGUCAGUCGGAGGCAGCUGACCAGUCCAUGGGCUAUGUCAGCGACUCUUCCUGCGACAGCUCGGAUGGUGUGCUAGUCACGUUCAGCGCCCUCUACAAUAAGAUGCACGGCAGCUCCCGUGCCAACCUCAACUCCGUCCCUCAGUCCUGCAGUGACUCUUCCUUCUGUAGCCGCUCAGACCCCGGAGCCUUUUACCUGGACCUGCAACCCUCCCCAGCCGAGUCGAAAAUGUCUUGUGAGUCCCACCACCCUGAAAACGGGGACGGGGAAGAGGGCUGUGGUUGUCCCCAUGCCUCAUCUCCUGAGCUCGAUGCCAACUGCAACUCCUACCGCCCACACUGUGAGCCCUGCCCGGCGGUGGCUGACCUCACAGCCUGCUUCCAGAGCCAGGCCCGCCUUGUGGUGGCCACACAAAAUUACUAUAAACUUGUCACCUGUGACCUGUCCUCGCAGUCCUCCCCAAGCCCGGCUGGCUCUUCCAUCACCAGUUGCUCUGAAGAACAGACCAAGAUAAGUCCUCCACCAGGCUCUGGCUCGGACCCAGACCCAGACCCCAGUCAGCCCUCAGAGUAUUACCUCUUCCAGAAGCCGGACAUCCAGCCAGAGGAACAAGAAGCAGUGGCUUCCUCAGCAGAAGCAGCCACUGCCGUGGGCCCCACUGCCCUUGAAGGGCAGGUGUACACAAAUACUUCACCCCCCAACCCAGGCACGGGCCGGCAGCGCUCCCGAAGCUAUGACCGCAGCCUGGAGCGCAGCCCCCCUGUGCGCCUGGGCUCGCUGGAGCGCAUGCUGAGUUGCCCGGUCCGCUUAAGCGAGGGCCCCGCUGCCUUGGCCGGGCCUGCCUCCCCGCCCAGGAGGGUCACCUCUUUUGCUGAGCUGGCCAAGGGCCGGAGGAAAGCUGCAGCGGGCUCUGGCUCCCCGCCACUCCGGGUGAGCGCUGGAGACUCUUCCCAGGAGUUCUCGCCCAUCAACGAAGCCCAGCAAGAUAGGGCAGGCCCGCUUGAUGAGGGCGCUCCAUGUAGCCAUAGUCUGCCAUCCAUGCCCCUGGGGCCAAGCCUGGACCUCCUUGGCCCAGAACCCUGGUCCACCCAGCUUUGUCAGGGCUCCCAGUCCAGCGAGAUGCCGCUUCCUAGCCUCAGAGCUGCUGGGCAGGGCCCCUUGGCCCAGCUGAUGGAUCCAGGGCCUGCUCUCCCAGGGAGCCCAGCCAACAGCCAUACCCAGAGGGAUGCAAGAGCUAGAGCUGACGGGGGUGUCCCUGAGAGCCGACCAGUGCUUCGCUACAGCAAGGAGCAGAGGCCCACCACACUGCCCAUCCAGCCCUUCGUGUUCCAGCACCACUUCCCCAGGCAGCUGGCCAAGGCCCGGGCCCUCCACAGCCUCUCCCAGCUCUACAGCCUCUCGGGCUGCGGCCGUGCCCAGCAGCCUGCCCCACUGGUUAUCUCCACUGCGCAAGGCCCAGCUCCAGCCCCCUCAGGAGAGCCACAGACAUUCACACCCCAGACCACUGGCAGGGGUGCCAGAAAAGCUGGGCCUGAACCGGAGACCUCAAGGCCAUCACCCCUGGGAAGCUACUCCCCUAUCCGGAGUGCCGGCCCCUUUGGGCCUAGCACUGACACGUCCACUUCUACCUCCUGCUCCCCUCCUCCAGAGCAGGCCACAGCAGCAGAGAGUCUCCCCCCAUGGAGCCACGCUUGUCCGCCUACUGUGCGGCCUGCUGCCUCCCAGCAGCCACUGAAGGAGGACCAGAAGAUUCCGACCUUGGCUGAGUACCGGCUUCAUGGCACAGGAAGCUUGCCACCUCUGGGCUCCUGGAGAUCUGGCUUUACCCGAGCAGAGAGCCUGGCUCGGGGAGGUGGAGAGGGCAGCAUGGCCUCCAGGCCCAACAAUGCCAACCACCUGUCCCCUCAAGCCCUCAAGUGGCGGGAAUACAGGAGGAAGAACCCGUUAGGGCCACCUGGCUUGUCAGGAAGCCUAGAUCGGAGGCCACAGGAAGCUCGGCUGGCCCGCAGGAACCCCAUCUUUGAGUUCCCCGGUUCUUUGGGCACUGCCAGCCAUCUGAGUUACCGGCUGAAUGGUCAGGUUGCAAAACCGUUACCAUUGACCUGCCCUGACCUCCAGGACCCCUUCUCCUUAACUGAGAAGCCUCCAGCUGAGUUUUGUCUGUCUCCAGAUGGCAACUCAGAGGCCAUUUCCAUUGAUGUACUUCAGAAAAAAGGGCUGGUGAAAGCUGUCAACACCGCUGUGGACCUCAUUGUGGCCCAUUUUGGCACAAGCCGGGACCCUGGUGUCAAGGCGAAGCUGGGAAACAGUUCUGUGAGCCCCAACGUCGGCCACCUGGUUCUGAAGUACCUGUGCCCGGCAGUCCAAGCUGUGCUGGAGGAUGGGCUGAAGGCCUUCGUGCUAGACGUGAUCAUUGGACAACGUAAAAACAUGCCUUGGAGUGUGGUUGAGGCUUCUACACAGCUGGGCCCGUCCACCAAGGUCUUGCAUGGUCUCUACAACAAAGUCAGCCAGUUCCCAGAACUCACCAGUCACACGAUGCGCUUCAACGCCUUCAUCCUCGGCCUGCUCAACAUCCGGUCCCUGGAGUUCUGGUUUAAUCACCUGUAUAACCAUGAAGAUAUCAUCCAGACCCACUACCAGCCCUGGGGCUUCCUGCGUGCCGCCCACACAGUGUGCCCUGGCCUCUUCGAGGAGCUGCUGCUGCUCCUGCAGCCCUUGGCCCUGCUGCCCUUCAGCCUUGACCUGCUGUUCCAGCACCGGCUGCUGCAGAGUGGGCAGCAGCAGCGGCAGCACAAGGAACUGCUGCGUGUGUCCCAGGACCUGCUGCUGUCUGCACACUCCACGUGGCAGCUGGCCAGGGCGCGAGGCCAGGAGGGCCCCGGAGACAUGGACCGGGCGGCCCCUGGGGAGCGUGUGAAGGGUGUGGGUGCCUCAGAAGGGGGAGAAGAGGACGAGGAAGACAGGGCAGAGGUGGCUGUGGUUGGGGGGAGCUCAGAGCAUGGCAGGUGGACCCGAGGGGGUCAGGCUGGCUGGUGGUACCAGCUCAUGCAGAGCUCCCAGGUCUACAUCGAUGGCGCUCCCGAGUGCUCCAGAUUCCCUCGCAGUAGCAGCGGUGGGAGUGAGAAGAAGAAAGGUGGAGGCAGUGCGGGGCCUGCCCAGGCUCCACCGCCACGGGAAGGUGUGGUAGAGGGGGCUGAGGCCUGCCCUGCCCCUGAGGAGGCCCUUGGCCAAGAAAGGGGCUGGCCUUUCUGGAUGGGGAGCCCCCCUGACUCUGUGCUAGCUGAGCUGAGGCGUAGUCGAGAGAGGGAAGGGCCGGUGGCCCCACCAACAGAAAAUGAAGAGGGGACGGCAGAGCCUUCACCCGGGGGCAUCAAGUGGGGACACCUCUUCGGUUCUCGGAAAGCUCCCCGGGAAGCUCGGCCCACAAACAGGCUGCCGUCAGACUGGCUGAGCCUGGACAGGUCUGUGUUCCAGCUCGUAGCACAGACGAUGGGGGCCCGUCGGGAGCCGGAGCCCAGGGAGAACCUGCAAGAGUCACACUUGGCCGCCCUGCCCUCCAAACCGCCGUGCGAGGUGCAGGCCCUGUGCCACCAUCUGGCUACAGGCCCUGGACAACUGAGCUUCCACAAAGGAGACAUCCUGCGGGUGCUGGGAGCGGCCGGAGGAGACUGGCUGCGCUGUACCCGAGGCCCUGACACUGGCUUGGUACCGCUGGCCUAUGUGACACUGACCCCAACUCCAAGUUCACCACCUGGAAGCAGCCAAAACUGAGGCCUAGUGCAUGCUGGUGGCCUCAGGGACCCUCAUAUUCCCCGAGACUCAGAGCCUGAGAGUCCUUCCCAAGCCCUUAGGCUUGGCGACAAACCGUAGACUGAGAGCUGGGGGCCACAUGUCCCUGUGCUGGCACCUGCUCCCUGUGCUCAGUAUUAAUUACUCCUCCUCAACUGUCCCAGCAACUCUGUCCAGACCUCCACCCGGGAGAGGACGGGAGGACACAGUGCUGGACUGCCAAGACGUUUCCUGGCCCAUCUGGGCCAAUACUUCCAUGGGUGUAGACAAGUCUCUGGAGGGCGGUGGCCCAGAGGUCAUUUGUGGGUUCACUAGGCUGAGUGACAAUGAGGAUGGAUGACAGUAUUGGGGCCAGAGUCCUAAGCCCGCCCCUCUGGCUGUAAAUAGGCAGUGACCAGUUUCUGGUCAGAAUAGGGGGAGGAGCCCGGGCUUCUGUUUAUGUAUUUAUUUAUUUAUUUAUUUAUUACACCUAUUAAUAAAAAGGUGCUCAGC